AAACUCGUGUAUGAAAAUAUAAUGUGUCAGAGAGAAACCAUUGUGUUCUUUAUUUUGGCUUGUAUGUUUUUUUUUUUUUUUUGGUAAAAAUUUUGGCUUGUAUGUUUUGCAAACUCUUUGGUGUUCGUUGUUUUUGAACUCUUGAAACCGCCCUGUUAUAGCGGUUAAAGUCCCCUCAUCUUCUCUAUUCGUUGUUAGAAGUUAAGUUGGCACUGUUUUACUACUCUUAAUGGUGUCUUAAUUUCAGUAAACCCAACAGAAACCCGUGUAAACAUAAAAAGUAUAGUCGUUUGGAAAAUUAGAUGGGACAUUGAGGAAGUUUGGACGUAAAACAUGAUGACAAUUGAUUGGAAGAAAUUAGGGAAAAACGGAAGAAAUUUACAUCGUGGAAAUUAUUCAUAAGGUCAAGGGCAUGUCAACGUCAAAAAGAAAGAAACGGACGUAAAGGAGACGAUGCAGGAGACUUUCCACUAACCACAGUAGUAUCCACCACUACUCAACUAAAGCCAACAAGGCAAUCACCACGUCUCUCCACCAAUCAUUACGCUCCGUCACCAAUUCCCGAGACUACCCUCCCACUCGAUCAACUCAUCUCUACUUCAAGGGUAAAACCGUAAACUCACGACCACUUUAAUAAUAUAAAGGCGAGAAGAAAAAGGUUAAUAGUUACUAUAAUAAUAAUAAUUGAGAAGCCCUUUUGGCACUGAAGUUGCGGCGAUGAACGCGGCGGGCGAAGGAGAUGUCGAAACCAAGCAGACGGUGGUGGCGGCGGCGGAGAUGGCCGAAGCGCAGUACGUGAGGGCGAAGACGGCGGUUUGGUGGGACAUAGAGAACUGCCAAGUCCCCAAAGGCGUCGACGCUCAUGGGAUCGCGCAGAACAUUAGCUCGGCCCUGGAGAAGAUGAACUAUCUCGGCACAGUCUCGAUCUCCGCCUUCGGAGAUACGAAUCGUAUCCCUCCGGCGAUUCAGCAAGCUCUUAACUCCACCGGAAUUGCACUCAACCACGUCCCCGCCGGAGCUAAAGAUGCGAGUGAUAAGAAGAUUCUAGUGAACAUGUUUUGCUGGGCGCUUGAUAACCCUGCGCCUGCGAACUUCAUGCUGAUCUCUGGGGAUAGAGACUUUUCAGACGCUCUUCACCAGUUGAGGUUGAGACGUUACAACGUUCUCUUGGCGCAGCCUCGCAAAGCUUCUGUUCCGCUAGUUCACGCUGCGAGGACGGUGUGGCUGUGGACUAGCUUGUCAGCUGGUGGGAUGCCUCUCUCGAAAAGCGAAAGCUUGCAGCUUAUCGCCAAUGCGCCAACGCAGGAGUGUGUUCCGUCAAGCCAACCUCAGGAUUCGAACAAAUUCAAGGCUAAGUACCUUCCAAAACCUCCUCCUCCAGCGCCUAAUAAUUACCAACAACGUCAGCAGCAACAGAAUACUCAAGGGAAGCUGAUUAAGAAACCUCAUGAGCUUUUUAGAAUCAGUGAGCCGUCUUCUUCCACCACCAUACCUGCUCCUCCCAUUUUACCCACUACCAAUGUUAAUGCGAUGAGUAAUCCUCAGAAUCAGUACAACUAUGCUCCUAGACCUGGUCCUUAUCCUCCCAGGCAGCCUUACCCUAACCCUGAUCCUUCUUGGAAUAACGGAGGUAGCAUCCCUAACUAUUAUCCCAAUGCUUCUAGGCCAGGUUCUCCUCAUAUGCGACCGCCUUAUGGUAAUGUUUUCCGUCCUUACCGGCCAGAGAAUCUGCAUCCUCCUAUGAAUAAUGGUUUCCGACCGAGGAAUGACGGUCCAAGGUUUAUGUCUCCACCUGAUCUCAGCAACUUAAGCGUGUCUCAGUAUCCGAGCCAAACUCAAACUCAAAAUCGUCCUAAUUUUUAUCCUCAAGUUAGACAGGAGUUCAGACCAAAGAUGGAAUCAUCAUCAUCAUCUUCUCUUAGCUUAAACAGUGGAAAUAAAGCUUAUCUUCCACGGAGUAGUAGCGCCCCAGUAACCAGUACUACUACAACCACCGUGAAUACCAACUCAACCACUCAUGGAGUCUCGCCUCCUCAGCCUCCAGUGGUUACUUCUGGAUCUGGUUCCAGCAAUGGUACGUGGGGAACAACACAAGAGUGUCCACAGCCACCGUCUGAGUAUGUUCAAGGCCUUAUAGGGGUUAUCUUACAUGCUCUAAACAUCUUGAAAACCGAAAAAGUUAGUCCCACCGAGCCUAAUAUCUCCGAUUGCAUUCAGUAUGGAGAUCCGAAGCAUCACGGUACUGAUGUAAAGAAAGCUUUAGAGAGUGCAGUGGAGCAUCAAAUGAUCAUGGUUGUAAAUAUGGGUAAACUGAAGCUUUACCUUGUCAAAGAUGAACCUCUAUGGAACUGCGUAAACCCUUUAGGGGGCAACCCUAAGCAAUACCCAAAAGCAGCUUGGGAUAGACUUCAUCAGUUUCUAACCUCAUCCUCUGGGCGUGUGGCGAUUAUGGCAACGCAGUGCAGGUAUGAAGCUGCACAGAUUCUGAAAAAGCAAUGCCUAAAAGAGUAUGCUAUAGGUGACAUAGUUCAGAUCUUGGAUAUAACAGCAACCUGGAAGAAAUGGAUUACUUAUAAUCAAACAGGAUGGAAACCAAUUACUGUUAACCUUGCUGCUGCAGAGACUACAAACAAGAAAGCUACUGAAACCGUGACAGGUAUCCAACCUGUUGCCUGAAUUAUUGUUCCAUGAAGAAGUGAAGAUGUAGUAGUAGCCUAUAUGGGUACACUACUUUGAAUAUCAAAUAUAGAGCACACUAAGACAUGGAUGUUUUCCAUAUCUAAAAACUUCAGAACUAUGAUGAAUCUGAAGUCUGGAGUACUAGUUACCUUAGUAGUAGUAGGCACGGUUUUCUUUUA